GUCAGACGCAGCAGGUAGUGACGUUCUCCCGUUCCGCCGCUCACUCCUGCUGCUGGAGGUCGUUGGAGUCACUCGAGGCUGCCCGUCUAGCGUGUUAUCCCCGCCGUCAUGUUGUCCCGUAUUGCCAGACCCACAGCCCGCGGGCUCAUCCGGGGCCUCGCCACCACCGCGCAGAACAAUUCCAGUGUAUCUGUCCUUGGAGCAUCGGGAGGCAUUGGGCAGCCACUAUCCCUCCUGCUAAAAAAUAGUCCUCUGAUAAGCGAACUUGCUCUAUAUGAUAUUGCUCACACACCGGGUGUAGCUGCAGAUCUCAGUCACAUCGAAACCAGAGCAAAAGUCACAGGUUACCUUGGACCAGAUCAGCUUGCAGAUUGCCUUAAAGGCUCUGAUGUUGUUGUCAUCCCUGCUGGUGUACCUAGAAAACCUGGUAUGACACGUGACGAUCUAUUUAACACAAAUGCCUCCAUUGUGGCCACCCUUGCUGAAGCAUGUGCAAAACAUUGCCCUGAAGCCAUGAUCUGUAUCAUUGCCAACCCGGUAAAUUCAACAAUUCCCAUCACAUCUGAAAUAUUCAAGAAGCAUGGAGUUUACAACCCCAACAGAAUUUUUGGUGUAACUACACUGGAUAUUGUACGAGCAAACACGUUUGUUGCUGAACUGAAGGGGCUGGAUCCAGCACGUGUUAACAUCCCUGUGAUUGGUGGUCAUGCUGGCAAAACCAUCAUCCCUCUGAUUUCACAGAGCACCCCAAAAGUAGAGUUUCCCCAAGAUCAGCUGGAAGCUCUCGUUGGAAGAAUUCAAGAGGCUGGUACUGAAGUUGUCAAAGCUAAGGCAGGAUCAGGUUCCGCCACUCUGUCAAUGGCCUAUGCUGGUGCUCGCUUCGUCUUCUCUCUUCUGGAUGCUAUAAAUGGAAAGGAGGGUGUUAUUGAAUGCGCUUUUGUCAGGUCUGAAGAAACUGAGAGCCCAUAUUUCUCCACUCCUCUUCUGUUGGGGAAAAGUGGCAUUGAGAAGAACCUCGGCUUGGGGAAGCUUUCUCCUUUUGAGGAGAAGUUGAUUAGUGAGGCCAUGUCAGAACUGAAGGGAUCCAUUAAGAAGGGUGAAGAAUUUGUCAAGAGCCGCAAGUGAGCGAAAUUCCAUCCAGAGCUGGCUUCCUUAAUUUAUUGAAGCAUCUUGACACUUUAGGAAACGCAAACCAUGGUCAAUAUUUUGCCCAGAUGUCUGCCCGGUGUUGAAGAUGAGAGCAGAUUUGCUUUAAUUACUGAACUUUCUCCAUCAUAGGGGGGACUUCCUAUGUGCAUACAUCAUGGAAACCUGAAGCUGCAUUUCCAUCUAAUGUUGCAACCAUGUGAGAUUUAGUUGAAAAAUUAAAACUAUUUUUCUUUCUAAUGUC